CACACACACACAAAGACCAUUAACAGCUGAUCCACUGCGGGGGGGACGGAGCACCGAGCGGCUGCACCACCAUGGAGAGCGAGAGUGAGAGGGAGCUGUCGGCCAUGGCCCAGGAGCUGUGGGACAACGACGUCAACCGACUGAAGCCCGGAACAGACUACAGGAUCUCUCUGCAGGGCAAAGCAGGAGACAGCAUGUGCGCGAACGACGACAACGACGGGGCAGGGUCUCCUCUGUUUACGUUUGUCGACGAGAACACGUUCAAAAAGGAGACUUUUUUAGCUUUCAUCUCCCUGUUGGAUAACUAUGUGAGUGACACCGGCGAGCCAGAAAUCGUGACCCCCGAGGAGGUGGUGGAGAACCACAAAUUCCUGGACUCCAUCAUUCAGACUCCCACCAUGAAGAUAGCUCAUAAAUACCUGGUAGAGAAGAACCUCUCUCCAAAGGAUGAUACGAAAUUCAAGGAGCAGCUAUACAGGAUCUGGUUUGAACUUUAUGCGAGGAGGGGAUCCAGCAGGCCGGACUCCUCUGGAUUCGAGCACGUGUUCGUCGGAGAGACCAGAGGCGGGAGGACUGUCAUCGGCUUUCACAACUGGAUCCAGCUGUACCUGCAGGAGAAGCUGGGUCACAUCGACUACAAAGGCUACAGCGUCAGCGCCAAUUCCCCCCAGCCCGACGAGAACAAACACAUCCUGGCCCUCCAGUUCAGCUGGAAGGACGGCAUAAAGCCCAAGGGCAGCAUCUUCAUCGGAGUCAGUCCCGAGUUCGAGUUCGCCCUCUACACCCUCUGCUUCCUCACCUCGCCCAACGAGCGCGUCAAAGUCCAGUUCAGUUCCUACGACGUGGAGAUCGUUUGCCACCACUACAACCAAAAGCACAUAGGCACCACUUACCCUGUGCUCCUUAGGUACCGGAAACCCACCUAGUAACUUCACUAAAGGCCAAUAUACCAAUAUAUCACUUCUACAUACAAAGUGCUGUAGGUAUUGUUCAUUUCAUUUUCUUUUAGAUGAAGAUACAUUAAAACCUUUCAAGACCAAACUGCAUUCAUUUUCAUUGC